CUAAUUGAAACCAUUUGCGACGACAGUAUAAUUUGAAGCCUUUGAUAAUGGGAGGAGAACAGAAGAGAGGGUUUGUUGACCAUUGACUUAGUUGAGGGGUCUGAUAGAAGGAGGUGGCAAGCUGUGGCUGUGGCUGUGGCGAGUAGACGAAGAUGUGUAUCAUUUGUACUAUAUAUAUAUAUAUAUAUGUCUUUGUUGAAUUGCAUUAGUAAAAGGGUUGAAGAAGAAGGCUCUAACUCUAACAGUGGCUAAUCAAUGGAGAAGGAACUAGAACUUUCUUCAGCUCAAUCCAGAAUGGAUUCCCAGCGCAUUUCCCAACCCCAAAGGUGUGGUAAGGGUGGCCUCGUUACCAUGCCUUUCAUCAUAGCAAAUGAAGCACUUGCGAGGGUGGCAACGUUGGGGCUUCUGCCCAAUAUGAUAUUGUAUUUGAUGGGAAACUACAAUCUUCAUUUAGGCAAAGCUACCAAGAUACUCCUCUUAUCAGUUGCAACCACCAAUUUCAUGCCUCUUCCCGGAGCCUUCAUUGCUGAUUCUUAUCUGGGUCGCUUCCUCGCUGUUGGUUUAGGUUCCUUCAUCACUUUUCUGGGAAUGACACUGUUGUGGCUAACAGCCAUGAUCCCACAGGCUCGGCCUCCUCCUUGCAAUUCUGAAACUGAAAGAUGUGAAUCAGCAACACCUGGACAAAUGGCAAUGUUAAUCUCUUCCCUUGCUCUCAUGUCCAUUGGAAAUGGUGGCCUUUCAUGUUCCCUAGCCUUUGGUGCUGACCAGGUGAAUAGAAAAGAUAACCCCAAUAACCAAAGGGCCUUGGAGAUGUUCUUCAGCUGGUACUAUGCUUCGUCAGCGAUAUCAGUCAUAAUUGCCUUCACUGGAAUUGUAUAUAUCCAAGAUCAUCUUGGGUGGAAAUUGGGUUUUGGAGUUCCAGCAGCACUUAUGUUCUUGUCCACUUUUUUCUUCUUUUUGGCUUCUCCACUUUAUGUAAAGAAUAAAACACACAACAACUUGCUCACUGGCUUUGCAUGUGUGAUUGUUGUAGCCUAUAAGAACAGGAAACUUCGAUUACCACAUAAGAUCUCAGAUGGAAUGUAUCAUCGUAACAAGGACUCUGAUCUAGUUGUUCCAUCUGAUAAACUAAGGUUUCUGAAUAAAGCUUGCUUCAUUAAAGACUCAGAAAAAGAUAUAGCCUCUGAUGGGUCAGCCUACAAUCGGUGGAGUCUCUGCACAGUUGAUCAAGUAGAAGAACUAAAAGCUAUUAUUAAAGUUAUUCCCCUGUGGUCUACAGGGAUCAUGAUGUAUCUUAACAUUGGAGGCUCGUUUGGAUUGCUGCAAGCUAAAUCCCUUAACCGACAUAUCACUCCAAAUUUCGAAGUUCCAGCUGGGUCUAUGAGUGUAAUCAUGAUAUUUACAAUAUUUAUUUGGAUAGCUCUUUAUGAUCGUGUCAUUAUUCCUCUUGCAUCAAAGCUUAGAGGCAAACCGGUUAGGAUCAGUGCCAAGAGAAGAAUGGGACUUGGGUUGCUUUUCUCUUUUCUCCACUUGGUAACUGCAGCAAUUGUUGAGACUACAAGGCGAAGGAGAGCAAUUAGUGAGGGACAUAUUAACGACACACAUGCAGUGUUGAAUAUGUCUGCAAUGUGGCUCUUUCCUCAACUUUGCUUGGGUGGCAUAGCUGAAGCAUUCAAUGCAAUAGGCCAAAAUGAGUUCUAUUACACCGAGUUUCCUAAGACUAUGUCGAGCAUUGCUUCUUCCCUUUUUGGACUAGGAAUGGCUGUGGGAUACGUGUUAUCUUCUUUGGUAUUCAGUAUUGUGGAAAAGGUUACUUCAAGAGGGGGAAAAGAUGGAUGGGUUUCAGAUAACAUUAACAAGGGUCGAUUUGACAAGUACUACUGGCUUCUUGCCACAAUGAGUGCUGUUAAUGUACUGUAUUAUCUAGUAUGCAGUUGGGCUUAUGGACCUACUGCUGAUCAAGAAUCAAAGGUAACUGAAGAAAAUGGUUCCAAUGAGGAAGAAUUGCCAUUAAUUCAAUCCAGGACUAAGGGUCAGUUUGAUAAGGUAUCUCAGGUUAGUGAAGAAAUUUUAAGAACUUCACAUAAAUAGUAACUGAUUGAGAUUAGUUUUAGUGUUUUCAAUAAAUAAAUAAGAAUGUUAGUGUUUUCAAUUUACAAAAACAAACAAAAUAUUCUUAUUUUGGAGCCUCGCCCUUCAUUCCUUUGUGGGUCAUCCAUACAACAAUCUUUUUGGUGAUAGCUGAAAUUGACCAAUCAUUGGUUGAACUCUGUUCUACUUUAUUAUUAAGCAACUGAAACCGGUUGUUGAUAUUGUACGAGGCAAUAUUUCAUAUGGUUUGACAAGAUUCUUCAAAUCAUACUACAUAAGGAUUGCAAAGCACCUAUCUUUCCCAUGCGUGUUCAGUUGCUAGUUACUGAGUUAUUUCAUUUUGCUGUA